UGUUGGAGUGGGAAGGUGUUUGGAAAUUCGUCAGAGCAAUUACAUUCAGAAUUUUAGGGCAAUCCUCCAUUGGCAAUCAGUCAUGGCCCAAGAAAAACAGACAAUCACUAAACUGAAAGAAGUGAAGUUCUCGGCGUUGUCCCUUCAGGAAAAAGUCGCAAUUAAGAGAAGAGGUCGUCCAUUGCCUGAGGUCCAGAUAUCGCAGUCGGGAAUCAGCAAGAACAAGAAGUACAUUCGAAGUUUUAAUUCCGAGUGGUACCAGAAGAAAAAGUGGCUCUGUGGUUGCGAGGUGACGAACGCACUAUUCUGCUUCCCGUGCGUGCUGUUUGGAGGUGAUUCGACCUGGUCUAGAGACGGUUUUACAAAUAUAAACAAAAUGAAAGAGAAGACGGAAAAGCACGAGCAUUCCAAGAAGCAUAUUGGUAAUGUGGUAUCACUGUCCCUUCUCGGAACUGUAAGUAGUAAAGCAAAACUCAGUGAGGCCCACAAACUCUCCGUCAAUGAACACAACAGGAAGGUUGCUAAGAACCGUGAGAUUCUGUCCAAGAUAAUAGACUGCAUUAAAUUCUGUGGAAAUUUUGACGUUCCUUUUCGCGGACGUGAACUUGAUGAAGCAGGCGAUUCGGUUAAUCCAUGCGUAUUCAGAACACUCAUAGACUUUGCAUCGAAGCUAGACCCAGACUUGAGGAACCAUUUGGAAACAAAUGCAGUUUUCAAAGGAGUUCCUAAGGGCAUCCAGGAUGACGUUCUCGACUGCCUGCUGCAAGUAUACUACGAUCACGUCAAGAAAGAGAUUGAAGAUGCUUCCUUCGUAGCUGUCAUGGCUGGCGACGCAACGGACGUUUCAGAACGCGCUCAAACGAUUAUUAUUGUUCUAAGGUACUUGGUGAACGAGGAGAUCGUUGAGCGCUUCUGGGGCGUUUUCACUCCAGAGGAUCAUACAGCAGACGGGUUGGCAAAGUGCAUUCUCGCUCAGUUAGACUUAGUCCUCGAUGGGAAUAGUGAAAAACUGAUAGCUCAGACAUUUGAUGGUGCAAGUUUUGUGAAAUGUCGAAAAGGGGACGUUCAGGCCAAGAUAAAAUCAGUUUAUAAUAAUGCUCAUUUUGUCCACUGCUAUGCGCACCAAGUUGAUCUAAUGCUGGAAGAUGUGGCAAGUGUUACACGAAGUUCGAGACUAUUCAUCUCGAACUUUUCAGGCAUGGCAGCCUUUUUCUCAAGAUCACCACUACCUUCAUCCAUUCUCAAUAAACAUAUGAUCAGUCGCAUUCAGCCACCAUCAACUACGAGGUGGAACUUUCAGGUAAACAGCAUUUACGAGAACUUUGAACCCAUAAAAAACUGCAUUGAGGAACUGCAGAAAACAUCAAAUGUAAGUACAACCGUAGCAGAAGCCACAGGUAUUUUGAGUACCUUGAAUAGUGAACAUUUCAGGUUUUGGCUCCAGCUCUUUCAACAGAUUAUGCCUCACGCAGAAGUCGUUCACAACCAGAUGCAAUCUCGAGGAAUUGACGAGUCUAAAGCACGGGAGUAUGUUGCAAACUUCAAAAGUGCCAUUUUAGAAAUAAAAAAUUCAAGUUCCUGUAAGAAUCCUACACAGACAAUCAUGGCUGAAGCGGAGGAAGUAUGUGACUGCGUGUGUGCAGACAUAGCAGAGAGAUAUUCUUUCACUAAGCAUCUGGUAGCUGCUAAAUUGUUCAACAAGGAAAGUUUCGUACAUUUCAAGAAGAAAGGUGCCGUUGAAGAGAUCGGAGCAGCCACUGAGGCGUAUCCCAUGAUCAACAAAGAGAGACUUGAAACCGAACUUAACGUUUUCUACAGUAGAAGUGAUAUGCAUAGAUACGGCAAGUUGACUGACCUGUUAAAGUUAAUCGUUGGAAACGAUUUGGCUGAUGUUUUGGGUGAAAUGACAAAACUUAUCAAAAUUCUCUUGACAAUUCCGAUGGCCACAUCAGAGCCUGAGCGAUGUUUUUCAACGCUGAAAAGGGUAAAGACAGUUUUCAGUAGUUCUAUGAACCAGGAAGAAAGAUUAAAUGCACUCUCAGUCAUCUCGAUAGAAAAAACUUUCAUGAACGGUGCUUCGGGUAUCAAUGAAAAAGUUAUUGAUCUUUUUGCUGUAAACGAGAACAGAAGGGUGGAUUUCGUUUUCAAAUAAAGUUAUUGCAGUCAUGAUGAAGCCUUUUAAUAUCAAUACCUUGAGUAUUGUAAAGAUA